UGAAAAUCUGGGUCUCUGUUUCAGGCCACCUGAAGGUGUGUUUAUCUUAAUUAACUAAUUAGUUAUAGCCUUUCUUUAUGUCUCCUUUGCCCCUCUCUUAUCUACACUCCCCUGUUUUCAUACCCCACGCUAUUUCUGUCCCUCUCUGAGUCAGAGACGAAGCUCACAACUUUGAAUGACACAAACAGACAGACCAACUCCCAAUUCGGAGUAACUGUAGUCUAAAACACACAAAAAAAACGAACCUCGGAGAACUUAAAGCAAGAUAACCAGAGAAAAUUGCCAAAAUGGAGGAAUCUGAAAGUCUGGACUCUGAAAUGACUGAGCUGCAGGAGUUUCAGGAUGAAGCUCUCAGCCAGGAUGAUGAAGACGAAGUGGAAGAACUCCAGAACAGUCUGCGAGAAGUCAUCCAGGACCAGUCCGUGAAGCCCAAACUCCAGUGCCUCAUGGUGGACCCGUCUUUUUCCAUGGUGACAGUUCAGAGUGAGGACAGUGGUAUCGUUUGGGAGACGGCCUCCAGCCGUUGCUCUACACCCUGGGCAUCGGAGGCUAGCUCCACUUCUGAGGCUUACAGCAUGGAAGGCUCAGGAGGUGCGGGGAAGAUCACCAUUGUCUUCGAUGAGGACAAAGUGGUCCGAAGGAGGAUGAGAUCCGGGGGAAGAAGCAGCAGGUUGGGAGACCGGCUAAGCCGACCUGGUAGUUCAAGGUCAGCUUCGGCUUUGGGAGUAGAGAGACCAGAGAUGGCAGAAGUUUCUCUCCCUAACAUCAAAGAGGAGAAAACACCAACAGAGGAAGACUUGGAGGAGAUAAAAUCCAAAGAUCAGCAGCUGUUCAGUUUGAUAUGUGAAGGAUAUGAGAUUCUCAACAUCAGAGUGCCAUCCAAACUUCCCACUGUGGAUGAAGAGGAAACUACAGACCUGCAGGACAACUUGUCUUAUCUAGACCAGACUCCAAAGAUCAGGUCCAGAAACCAGCAUGACUGGGCACAUCACAGGGACCAGUUGGAAGCAGAGCAGACACCGGAUCAUGCUGAGGCCUCAAAAGAAACUUCACAGCCAUCACCGGACAAACUGCUUGGAUCCACAACGUCAGAGACAGAGAGCAUUGCUGACAUUGACUACAUCGAAAAGUUCACCCUUUUGGAUGUGGCAAUACCUGGAGAGGAAGCUCCACAGCUACAGCAAGAGGAAGAGAAGUCGCCUGGAAAAGCCCAAACGGAGCAGCAGGAAUCCUUAAAGGAGGCAACCGAGGAUGGUGCGUCUGUGUCCGAAGACUCUUUUGUGUUUGUCACAGAUGCUGACAUAGUUGGGGAACACUUGGAUGAGGUCUUCUAUGGAGAAGGACCUCCCAUAGAGGCACUGAAGGAGAAGCAGGAAGGCAUUGAAAGGAUGAGAUCAAGACGUGAGAGCCAGCGAUCAAUGAUGGAUGGUGGUUUGGUGUUGUUUGAAAGUGAAGAGACCAUCCUUACUCCUAUUUUUAUCUCCCCGGGGCCCCCCAAGAUCAUUGACCCCAUUCUCCUGGAGGAGCCCACUGCCAUGUCUUUCAUGUACUCAGACCUCUAUGAGGAUGCUGUGGGGGAAAAGAGAAGGAGUGAUGAAGAGUACUCAGAGGCGGAGAGUGUGGUGUCUGAGAAAUCCUACAAGAGGCGGCUGUCAGAUUCAGAUGAGGCGGAUGGGUACCUGGAGAAGUUCAGGCUGAAAGAUGAAACACCAGCGGUGGACGUUCAGUCAGAGUCAUCAGAGGAUAAGGCUGGGGGGAGGAUGAUGUGGCCACAGAAUAAGUUUGAAAUGACAGGAUGCUUAAUCAGAGCAGCAAAAGAUGAAGGAGAGGCAGAAAUUAUAAAAAGCGAUGAAGUGGAGACACAGGAGGAGCGUGAAAUACUUAAAGAGAAAGAGGAACAUCAAACAGAAACAGAAGUAAAACAAUUAUCAGUGAGACGCCAUGAUGAAGGUUUAGGGGAAAUCCCAGAAGAGCCAUGCCAGGUGUCUAAAUCAGUGGAUCAGAAGGAGAGUAAACAAGAGGAACAGGCAGUGGAGCCAAGCACAGAAAAAUCAAUCGAAACUCCCCAGAUGGAAACAAAAGUGAAUGAAACUUCACAGGGCAGAGAUGAGACGGUCACUGAGCAAAGUUUUACUGAAACAGAACCGCCAUGUGAGCCACAAAAAGAGGCUGAAAACGUGUCUGGGCUUCCUGGGGUGACACCAGACACAACACCAUCCACUCUACCUGAGAGCAGAGUGGAUCCUCCAGCCAACACUGAACCCACUGUACUGUCAGAAACCAGGGAAAGGAGCUCGUGUGAAGAAGGAGCCCCUGUUGAGUCAAAGAUGGAGGCUGCUGAUGAGAAAUAUCCACCUGAAGUAGCAGCUGAAGUGAAAGAAACUGGAGUUGCAACACUCACCUCAACUGAACUCCUCACAGAAUCAACGGCACCCUCUGAAGUAUCUGUGCAUGAGGACAAAGAAGCAGUGUCUGCAGAUGCGGCCCCUCUAGAAGUCAUUACUGACUGCGACUGCGCAGUGCAAACAGUGGAGGAGGUGAUGGAGAAAGCAAUGGAUGACAAAGAGAUCCAGAACCACGUUAAGACUGAUGUACAGGAGGUCAUAGAGGCAAUACCGCUUGCUCCUGAGGCAGAAGAUCAUCUCAAGCCCCUAACAGAGGAAUUUUCUGAGCAGAGUAAGCCUGCAGUUGUUGAUCUGGAGUCUGGUGUUGACACUGAGACUUCAGGGGAAAUAACCCAACCUGCAAAGCCCAAAGAAACCAACAAACAUCACCAGACGGAGCAAGAAAACACAACUGACUGUGAAUCAGACAACCUGCAACAAACAGCAGAAUCCACAACUAGACUGUCUGGAGAGGACGUAAGGACCUGUGUGCAGGAUGUAGUGAAUAUAGGUGAUGAGUUAAUCCUCCUUGUUCCCAAAGGACAGGCUGUAGAGAUGGACAUACAGAUUGAUCAGUGGUCAGAGGACAUUAUUAAAGAGAUGGUUUCUACUCCUGAACCUGACAUCUCAUUUGAAGUUGAGGCACCGCAGCCUCAAGUCGAAGAAGAACCAAUAGUCGCAGAAAUAGAAGAACUUUCCAGUAAUGAGUUGGACUUGAAGCCUUUAACACCUGCACCUGAAGAAGAAGCCAGCACUGAGGACCUGGAGAAUCAAGAGGACAAACUCACCUACUCUCUGCUGAGAAGUUUUACUCCUCAGGAGGAUUUAUCUGAGCUUUGUGUAGAUGAUGUACAUGCAGAAGAAUCAGAACAAAAAACAGAUCUACGGGAGUUGGAGGACAAACCAGAAAUAAACCUUCCUAAAGAGGAAGCAGAGCCUUGUCUUGAUCUGCACAGUGAAGAUGCAGAACAAAUUAAGGAGGAAAGUGACACAGUUGUUGUUGAAAGUAAGGAAGAAGCGGUGGAUGACCUUGGGUAUGAAGUGAUCGGAGAGGAAGAUGCAAAAGCUAUUCUUGAAUCUGCAAACCAGAGAGAAGAAGAUGAAGAUGAUGAGUCCCAUCAGAGACCUGAGGAGAAGAUGGAGAUGGAGGUAGAGAAGGACGAGCUCAAUGAAGCAGAUUAUGAAAUUAUUGAUGCAGAGGAGGAGAGUCAGGCCCGCCUGGCCGCAGAGCUGCAGGGCAUGGACUGGUUCUGUCACACCUGUGGAUGUCUGCUGCUAGAGGAUCAGUGCAGGUCUGCAGAGCAUCUCGACCACCAGGUCUGCUCAGUGGAAAAGGCCUAUGAGGAUGUCAAGGAGACUUUGGGUAGCUGGAUCUCAGAGCUUCAAGCCAGAUCAGAGAACAUCGAGGACCUGGUGUCCGAGCUGGAGCUGGCCUACAACUCUGUAGAGGACCAGUUCACGGAGAGCCAGGCAGCCAUGCGGGCGCAGAACGAGGAGAUGAUGGCUCUGGUGAUGGAGCAGUACAACACCAUGUCCAUCAGCAUGGAGGAGGAGAAGAAAGCCAAGCUGGAGCAGCUCUAUGACAAGAUCGUCUCCUACCAGGAGAACAUAGACUCGGCCAAAACCACUCUGGAUACCACGGCCAGGGAGGCUGAGACGGACGCCAGAUCGUCAGAAGACAUUCACGCAAGACUCCAAACUGCUUUGGACUCAGCCUUGACGCUGGAGCUGGGUCCUAAGGGACUGCUGGUGUUCGAGGAUUACACCAAGACCAACUCCUCAAGCUCAAACCUCGCACAGCGCAAAGGGAUUCCAGUGCCCCAGAGGCCCACUCUGCAGCCCCAGGAGCGCGGCUCAGCCUCUGGCAGCAGCGUCACCGUUUACUGGAAAGUCAGUCCAGGAGACAUCAUAGACUGCUUUCAGGUCUACUGCGUGGAGGAUCCACAAGGAGCUGUGUCAGAGGAAUAUCGCGUGACGGUGAAGGAGAGCUACUGUGUUCUGGAGGACUUGGAGCCUGACAGGAAGUACAAGGUGUGGGUGAUGGCCGUCAACUACACAGGCUGCUCUCUGCCCAGUGACAGACUCAUCUUCAGAACAGCUCCGUCUGUGCCAGCGAUCGACACAGAGCGCAGCAGCGUCGUGUGGGACUCCGCCACGCUGAGGUGGAGCUCAACUAAUCCGUCUCCAGGACUGAGUUACACUUUGGAGUACUGCCGACAGUAUGAACUGGAGGGAGAGGGACUCAGAUCGAUCACGGGAAUCGAAGGGUGUGAGCAGACGGUCGUCCUGCAGCCGAAUGAGAACUACCUGUUUUACAUCAAAGCUGUGAAUCAGGCUGGUGCCAGUGAGCAGAGUGAGGCUGCACUCGUUUCCACUAAAGGGACCAGAUUCCAGCUGCUAAAGUCCUCUGCUCACCCGUCUCUGAAGCUGUCAGAUGAUCACGCCACGCUGCAGUACUCCCAUGACGCUCACCACGCCACAAACAAGGAGUGUCUGUCCAUCCUGGGUGAGUUGCUGCCUCCACGAGGGAUCUACUACUGGGAGACACUGGUGUCAGAAAGUCCAGCUUACAGGCUUGGAGUAACAUGUAGUGCAGAUAAUCUGAAGAGCGCACUCGGGGAAAACAGCUCCUCAUGGUGCUUGCAGUGCAGUCCUGGACCAUCAGGCUGUAGGUAUCAGUUACUCCACAGCGACGUUCAGUCCUCCGUGUUUGUCACUGAGAGUCCUGAGCGAGUGGGAACCCUCCUGGACCACCAGCUGGGAUGUCUGUCUUUCUACAACGCCCACAGCGGCCAGUUGUUGGGUUCCUUCCUGCAGCGCUGCGGCCAGCCCUGCCGCCCUGCUCUGGCCCUGGAUCAGCCAGGCAGCUUGCAGGUCUGCAUGGUGCCGGAAAUACCCGAGUUUACAAAGGACAGCUUGCUCUGACACUCACCUCGCUCACUGAAAGGUUUACAAAAAACUGGACAUUUAUUGGUUUUAUAUGAUCUCAGUUUGUAAUGACUCAAAAUGACCACUGCUGGAGAAUAUCGUUAGUAACCUGAUUAUAAAUGUGCGUUUUUUCUAAAACGCCUCGAUCAAAACUGAUUUCUUAGAAGCAAACUAAAUUAAAUGUUUUAUUAUAUCUUAUAGCAGAAGUUAUAAACCUCCCCUUCGCACCAGACUGUGACAGCAAUGUGACAUAAAAUCAGCCAGAACAUGUUGCCCACAGUUUUAAAUAUGCUCCAAACCUCUGUGGUGAGAUAGUCAUAGGUCGGUGUCAUGGUGACUAACUACAGUAUCUGGGUUUGGGUGCUGCAUGGAGCUGUGGUGGUUUAUCCAUGAAGUGUGGCCCAGACACACCUAAAUGUCUUGAGCAACUGAGUUUGGAAAGGCGAGGUUGUCACACCAGCUAAAUGGUGAUGACUCAGCUGCAAAAAAUAAAAACAAAAAAAAACAACAGAAUGACUCCAAACUGCUGAAGUGAACAAUUCACACUCUGAAAAACAAAACACUAAACACUCUCCCUCUUCUUGCACAAAGAGCUCAACAUGUGCAAAAUGUGAAAUUUGGAUGCGCACACCUCCAAAUUUUCACAUACCGUUUGACAGAGUUCGUGGGGAUGAAAUUUAGUUUCAAAAUGUGUUUCUCUUGCCCCUAAAGACAACUCCUGGCAUGUUCAGCAAUGACGAAGGAUGAGGAAGAGGAAGAAAACAUUAUGACUGUAGUUCCCUCCCGACACAUUAUCACCAAAGUGAUGGUGGAGGUGCAGAAACCUUCCAUGUAAAACCAAUGUGAUUAAAUUUAGUGAAGCUGUUACAACUGUAGUCAAAUAGUCUUGGACAUUGGAGAGUCUCAGUGAGGGUGACCUAAGUUUCCAGAUUAUUUUGUUUUUUCAAGAGACAAUGGAAAUGCUGUGGUAAUUUUGUAACGACUCAUCCAUGUUUGAGUUUUGUACUGUUUUAAAACCGUUUUAUGUUUUUCUACAUGUUACAUGAUCUGGUGGGCAUGUUGUUAAAUCAAACAUCGUUUGCAUUUUGUGUAUGUAGAUCAGGGCUUCUCUUCUCAAAAGUACGACUGUAAGUUUAUACUUCCAAGCUGAUAGUUGCACCUUUCAAACUGUUUCAUACUGUGAAGUUUUUUGUUGUGGCUCUUUGUUUGUUUUUUGUAAAUAACCUUUUUAAACAGAAGUGGUGUCUCGUCAGCCUUAUGUGUUACUGAAACUCUUUGUUUUUCUUAUUUUGUAAAAUAAUUUCCUUUUGUGAAAAGUCUGAAUAUUUCCCAUUGAAAAAAAAGAGAUAGUUUUGUUGGUUUAACAUCAUUUCACCACUAGAGGGCCGCAACACGCCGUCUGCUGUAAUGUUUCCCUGUACAUUUUCCCUAGAAAUCUCCUGCACAAAAAGAAAUAAUAAAACAAGGCCUGACUUAACUCUAAACCAGUACGAUGAAAAGGACUCACACAUUUGUAGAAACUCUUCUACUUACUGAUCUAUUUCACUAAUUCAAACUUCUAUGUUAAAAUAUAAAAAGGCCUUUUGAAGCUAA